AUGGAUUCACACGACUGCCCCCUGAGAAUUUCAGCAUCUUGUGCAUACUUUAUAUUACCGGCGGAGGUCCGGGCGUCCAGUGAAGCGCUGUGGCAGAGGCUGCGAGCAGGCGGCGCGUCGGUGGUGCCGGAUUUCCUCAGCGAGGCAGAGGAGGCGUUGCUGGCUCAGGAAGUGGAGCCUCAGUUCCGUCGCCGCCGCUACGAAGACGGGCACUGGGACGGGGCUAUCCAUAAGUACCGUGAGACAGAAAAGUCACACUGGAGCAAAGAAAGUCAUGAGAUUUUGCAAAGGGUCCGAGAUGCAGCUUUUCCCCCAGGCAUGCCACAGCUUACUCAAGUCCAUGUCCUAGAUUUGCAUAAAAGUGGCUACAUAAAACCUCAUGUGGACAGUGUCAAGUUCUGUGGCUGCACCAUUGCAGGCCUUUCCCUGCUGUCUUCAAGUGUGAUGCACCUGGUCAGUGAGCAGAAUCCAGAAGACUGGCUAGAUUUACUGCUGGAGCGCCGCUCUCUCUACAUUCUCAGAGGACCAGCUCGUUAUGAAUUCACUCAUGAGAUCCUUAAAGAUGAGGAAUCCUUUUUCAAUGGAAGGAAGAUCACUCGGGAACGAAGGAUCUCUGUCAUCUGCCGAAACCUACCCUUGUCUUCAGACCCAUCAUAGAAUUGCAGGUUGAGAUUUCGAAGACUGACCCUUGUUUCCACCUGGAAAGUAACCUGCUCUUUUAAUGGAAGUGAAGCAGGGGUGUGUGUGUCUGGCCUACUGUGCCUUAAGGCUCAGCUUUCCGACCAGCAGGAAGUGAUGGAGGCCCUUAUGAGCUGGAAGGAAUCUAAGGAUAUUCAAGAUCUAAAGAAAGAUUCUUGGUAGUUGGCUGUUAACAGAUGAAGAGAAGGCAGAAUUGAAGAAAUGGACCUGAUUAUACUUAACUGAAGUACAGUUUAUCUCAGAGCAAUAAAAUCUGGAUGCUUCUUCUGAAA